UGCCAGAGCCUCUCCCAUCCCUCAGCCUCAUUCACUCUGACCUGUGCAUACAGCAGGACAAUAAAGGGUGCUUACUAGAUAAAAAGUGAGUUGCCAUGGAUCGGGAUAUGGUCAAUAUGUUUGCCAUUGCUGCAGGGACUCUUGCUAUCCCUCUCCUCCUUUUCAUGGCCUCUUUUAUGCUGUGGCCAUCAUCACUCAUCAAAGUCUAUUACUGGUACUGGAGGAGAACUCUGGGUCUGCGGGUACGUCAUGCAGACUGCGGGGGUUAUCGCUUCUGUUACUCAUACAGGGGGAAACCAGGCCUCAGGCCUUCUGUACUCAUGCUGCAUGACUUCUCUGCUCACAAGGACACAUGGCUUCCUAUGGUGAAGUACCUUCCCAAACAUCUGCACUUACUGUGUGUUGACAUGCCGGGGCAUGAGGGUACAACACGUACCAACACAGACGACUAUUCAAUCCAGGGCCAGGUCAAGAGAAUACGGCAGUUUGUAGAGGCAAUUCGGCUAAACAGAAAGCCAUUCCAUCUGGUGGGCACUUCAAUGGGUGGGACUGUGGCCGGAGUGUAUGCAGCCUAUCAUCCCUCAGAUCUCUGCGGUUUGACCAUCAUCUGCCCAGUUGGUCUGAAGAACCAAAUGGAGAGCCAGUUUGACAGUCAGAUGCAUGAAGUGGAGCACAGCCAGUACACGCUGAAUAUUCCUCUUAUUCCGUCCACCCCGGAGGAGAUGGAGGAGAUGCUGAAGCUCUGUUCUCAUGUGCGCUUCAGAGUGCCUCAACAGAUUCUACAAGGCCUCGUGGAUGUACGGAUACCACACAAUGACUUUUAUCAUGAAGUUUUCAUGGAAAUUAUGAGUGAAAAUUCAAAAUAUGCCUUGCAUGAGCAUAUACAGCAAAUAACUACCCCUUUACAAGUCAUCUGGGGCAAACAGGACCAGGUGGUGGAUGUGUCUGGGGCAGCGUUGCUCACGGAGGCUCUUCCAGGCUGUCGUGUUGAUCUGCUGGAGAACUGCGGUCAUUCUGUUGUGAUGGAGCGACCGCGACAAACAGCCAAACUCAUUUUAGAUUUCAUCAAUUCUCAGCAGAGCACAGAGAGCACCAGCACCAAAAAGAAAUCCUGAGACAGCUCAGGAUAUAUUACUAAAUACUUAAACGCAGCACCCCACUGGCCCUGAAGUAUAUAACAAACUUAUGGAGAAAUUAUAUAAGAAGUAAUAAUUUUGUAGUAUGUAUGUUCACAUGCAAA